AAUAAUAUUUAAAGUAUCAAAUUUCGUGUAAUUCAAUACGAUUCUUUACUGUAAACUGUAUAUUAAUGUGGAAAAAUAUGAAUUUGAAGUGAAAUAUAGUUAUAGUGAAAUAAUAUCUUUGCAAUUCAAAAAGAAUCGAAUUAUUUCUAAGAUUACAUUUAUUCAAUUCUUUGCAAAGCUAGAACUGUUGUACAAGAAAAAACAAUGGUUAAACGACAAUUGCCACGUCCAGUAAACUCGAAUUUGGAAAAUGGUGCUGCAUCGAGCUCAAAAAAAGGGAUGCGACAAGUACCGAGGAUUUUGUCUGCUUCUCUUGGCAGAAAAUUGAUACGAUCUAAGAAUCUUUCAUCAAGAAAACAAAAUAUGCGUCAUCGCAGGACAGCUUCGCUCGGAGCUAUUGAUGAAUUACAAUGCGUUGUAUGCAAGAACAAAGUAAAAUCAUUCAAAACGAUGAAAUGUCGUCACACUUUCUGCAUGGAAUGUUUUAAAAAUCGAAUUAUGAUAACGUAUAAAGAAGAUGGCAGCGCUAUUUGUCCAGUUUGCAACGUAAUAGUAAUCGCCAGUGCAACUGAUAAGAGAGAAUCGAAGAGUUCUGUGAGUUUUGCACCCUUACCGCCAAAAAUUCGAGAAAACAAAUGUCGUACCUGCGGUGAAAUUUGCGAGAAUAAGUGCAAGCACUGCAAACGCAGAUUCUGCGAAAUCUGCUGGACCAGUCAUGUUAAUGACUUGAAAGAACAAUUAGAUAACAUCAAUGAAGAUCUCGAAACAUCGGCAAUGAGGUUUGAAGAUAAAAUCAACAAUUUCGAGAGUAAAGCAAACGAGAUACGAGAGUUCAUCAACAGGGACACGGAAAGCAAAAUAAUGGAGCGAAAAAAGAGAGAAAGUCGAAUUAAAAAGAUCGAACGUAUAGUUGCUACGGGUGAAACGUCAGUGGAGGAUAUCAGACAAAGGAUGCACAAAGCUCACCUGGAGCUGAGAGAACAGAAGGAAAUUUCGUACGAUGCGCUGCCCGAUAAUGAGAAAAAGGUGGACGCAUUUAUAGAUUUACAGCAAAAAGCUGCAGAAGUUAUGGCAGCAAUUACUAUUUGGGAAUCGGAAUUGAAUAAUAUAGAAAGAGGAUUUAAGGAAGUUAAUAAAAAGGAAAAAUCGGUUGUCAAAAAAAAUGUUGGUCCUCUGUACAAGCGGAGAACAUUCACAUCCACAAUUAUCGCGAAUCGUGACGUGGUGCAGCGGCCGUCGGCUCUCGCCGUUGAUUCCUGGAGGGAUAACAUUAUCACGACCUGUCCGGGAUCAGGACAGGUUGUCAUUCUAAACAGCAAGUACAAAGUUGUGCGGAGGAUUCGUCACCGAGAGAUGAUGGCGCCUCAAGGACUCGCUUUCCUGCAAGAACAUGAUGAGAUAUACGUGACAGACAAAUGGAAGCACUGCAUAUUCGUGUUCGAUCACAAGGGCGAGCUCGUUCGUCGGAUAUGCAAGAAGGGCCACGGCGAGUCGGAGCUGCUUUCGCCGGAAGGGCUCGCGUUUCAUCCGGAACGAGACGUGCUUUACGUCGCCGAUACCGGAAACAAUCGCGUCCAGGUCCUCGAGAGUAGCGGCGCUUAUCUCGACAGCAUCGGACCCAAGGGUAAACACGCGAAGGGCACCGUCAGAUUCCGAAAAACCGGCCCGACGGCGAGCCAGCUCAAUCAGCCGACCGACGUGGCCGUCACGAUAACGCGUGUCGUCGUCGCCGAUUCCGGUAAUCAUAGCGUGAAGAUAUUUGAUCAUGAAGGACAAAUUCUUCAAACAAUCGGCGGCGCCGGUGCAGCAAAGGGUUUGUUUAGAUCACCCGAGGUGUUGAGAAUCGACAAGAAAGAAAAUAUCAUCGUCGGUGAUGCUGGAAAUGGAAGAGUGCAGAUUUUUUCUCCAAAAGGUGAAUUUGUAAAGAUGCUAGGCGACAAAAAGACUCAAGAACAUAAGUUUGGAUGGGUGUCUGGUAUAUUUAUUACAAAUAAUUACGAUAUUUUAGUCUCUGAUAGCAAAAAUAACAUUAUAUAUUUAUUUUAAUAUC